AUGACUGAUACUUCGAGCAAUGCACCCCCCGCCUCAUCGGCUCCCCAGAAUGGCUCUGGCAAUGCCAUGGCGCCGCCUCCUCUGCAUAUUCCUGCCAACAACAAUCCUAUUCCGACUGCCAUGACCUCUCCCAUGGGCGAGAACGGUGGCGUCAUGUCGCCCACGAGCCCUGGCGGAUUCAGACGAGCUGCUCCCGAGCCUAACAAGCGCGCUCUCUACGUCGGUGGCCUUGACCAGCGAGUGACUGAGGAUGUCCUGCGCCAGAUUUUCGAGACUACUGGUCAUGUCCAGAAUGUCAAGAUUAUCCCCGACAAGAAUGCCAAGGGCUUUAACUACGGAUUCGUUGAGUACGACGAUCCUGGCGCGGCUGAGCGUGCUAUGCAAACCCUGAACGGACGCCGAGUUCAUCAGUCGGAAAUCCGUGUCAACUGGGCUUAUCAGUCCAACACCUCCGGCAAGGAAGAUACCUCUGGCCACUUCCACAUUUUCGUCGGUGAUCUUUCCAACGAAGUGAACGAUGAAAUCCUCACCCAGGCCUUCUCCGCCUUCGGUUCCGUUUCUGAAGCCCGUGUUAUGUGGGACAUGAAGACGGGCCGCUCCCGUGGCUAUGGCUUUGUUGCCUUCCGUGAUCGCCCGGAGGCUGAGAAGGCCUUGAGCUCCAUGGAUGGCGAGUGGCUCGGCUCUCGUGCCAUCCGUUGCAACUGGGCCAACCAAAAGGGACAGCCAUCAAUGGCUCAGCAACAGGCGAUGCAGGCUAUGGGCCUGACGCCCACGACCCCCUUUGGCCACCACCAAUUCCCCACCCAUGGUGUUGGUAGUUACGACGUUAUUCAGGCCCAGACGCCUAACUGGCAGACCACCGUCUACGUUGGCAAUCUGACACCAUAUACGACCCCGAACGACGUGGUCCCUCUCUUCCAGAACUUUGGCUUCGUCGUUGAGUCUCGCUUCCAGGCCGACCGUGGUUUUGCUUUUAUCAAGAUGGACACUCAUGAGAACGCCUCUCUGUCUAUCUGCCAAAUGAACGGGUACAAUGUAAAUGGACGGCCGCUCAAGUGCAGCUGGGGCAAGGACAAGACUCCCAACCAGGGAUUUGAUCCUGCCCAGCCCUACAGCCCUCAGAGCGCCCAAGGACCCGGCUUCACUGGCUCCUAUUAUCCUCAGUAUGGUGCCCAAUACGGUGGUCAGCCUGGAAACUACCCAGCCGCUCAGACUGGCUCUCCUGGUGGCUUUGCUGGCUCUCCCAUGGGCUACAGCGCGCCUCCCCAGAGCGCUGGUGGCUACGGCCGAGGCCAACACCCCAAUGGUGGCCAGUGGACGCAGCCCCCUCCUGGACAGUUUGCGGGCUAUCAGUCUUGA